CAUCAGAAUAUCUCAUUGACCUUACAUUUCGAUGUCGCGACAUUUUCGUAAUUAGAUUAAACAGAAAGGAAUAAUUAAGCAAUUAUGUCACAAGAGUUUGUCAAACGAAACUUAAACAAUACAACAGAUAAUGUCAUUCUACAUAAACGAGUAUACUGUAUACUUCUAUUGAGGAGAGGUUUCAAGGCUGCUUUCGUAGACUCAGAUGUUUUCAAAUUUCGUCAGAUAUUUAUAACCUUUUCAGUCACAACUAUCUCGCUUAUUACUAAAAAUGGUUGCUGACUCGUUCCCCAGUAAUUCGGUCAGAUUUUUGUUUUACAAAUCUAAAAAAAAAUAAUCAUGGAAUUUUUACAAGUUUGCCCUAUUCAUAAAAGCAAACAGUUUAUCCUGGAAUGCUGUGAUCUUAUAAAUUCAGAAUGGCCCAGAAGUAAAGCUGCAAGGCUACAGAGUUUAUACAUGUCCUCAGAUAAAUUCCCUACAUCCCUUGUGUUAAUUUUGGAUGAACAACAAGUGGUUGGACAUGUAAAGCUUUCUGAGAUAAAACUUGGUGGAGAUGAAUUAAUGAUUGAAACUAUGAUCAUACAUAGGGAGCAUCGUGGUAAAGGAUGGGGAAAACUUCUUAUGGAAGAAGCUGAAGAAUAUGCUCAAAGAUCAGGUUUUCAAACCAUAUAUGUGAUCCUAAUAUUCAAUCUAGAAUCCAAUAUCCAAGGAGAUGGAACCAUUAAAUUAAUGGAUCAUAACACCAGCUGGCUUCAAAUAAAAGCUUGAUUAAAGUGCAACUAUAAAUACUUUUCUUGAACAAAUGGUUAAAAACCUGUAUAUUCAGCAAAUAUGAAACUAUUUUGUUAAAAAGACCUCUGAUUCAACUACAUAUCCACAUUGUUAAACAAUAAAAACUGUUUACCCUUAAAAAAUAGUCUUAUUAACUUUAUUGCACUUGCUUUGCAAACUACUGUUAUUCAAUCAGAGACGAACUUAUUAUGUUAUAUGACUAGGAUUACCUUAUAGUAAUAUAUCCUAUAUACCUUUAACUGAAAUAAACAAUUUUAGUGAGAAAAUAUGAGAAAUUUUCUGCACACUUAAGAAAAUAGACAUUAAAAAAAACAUUUUGGAUCAACAAUAUUGUAAAACAACAAGUAAGUAAAAUUAACCUAAAUAUAUUUUUGAAAAUAAGAAAUUAGUCAUAUUUUUCCCUUUAAAUGAUGUUCUUCUAUUCCUAUGUUCCUGAAAAGCUAAUGUUUCUGAAAACCUUUCCAUAAUAAAAAAAAAAUGUAUCAAUGUAACGCUCCUAAUGAUAUCAUUAGAUACCCCAUGUAUUCUUAUUAUUAACUUAUUAAAAAAAUAAAAACAGCUUGUUUCUCUCAACAAAUAUUAUUGAUACAUAUGCUUUCAUUUAUGGUGGCAAAUCUUCAUUUAUUUCUUCAUUUUCUACGAUUCCUAGAAAAGAUGUCAAUAAAAAACAAAAACAAAAAUAUAAUUAGUUCUAAAAUAAUGUAAAAGUAAUAUACUAUUAUUAUACAGUAGACAUAUAAUAAUUCAGAAUAAAAAGGACACAUACCAAAAACUUGGACUGACAAACAGCUGAGUUACAGGAAAAACAUUAAUACUUUUAGAGUUGUGUCUCUUUUUUUCUGGAUGUAUGCAAGUAAACAAUUUUUCAAACUGCAGGUUAAAGAGUGCAAUUUUUUGCUCAGAAAUCAUUAAACAUCAGCAUAAAGUUAACUGUUUUGUUUUAACCAAUUAGUUUUUAUUUUUACGAUUUUAUCAUGUAUUUUUAACUAUUAUAUUGACAAUAUUAUUCUAAGUAUUCAAUACUUAAAUGUUUCUUAGCAAUUAACAUGACUUAUUUUAUAUAACAAUAGUUUUAUGAGGUCGGGUUUUAUCAAAAUAAGAAUUAAUACACUAUGAUUAAUAAUGUUCAAAAUAAUGAAUAAUAGAACUAUAAUUUUUCUAAACAAAAACAAUUGAUAACGAAUAUCAGCAGAUCUUUCAAUAUUAUAUGUUAGUCAUAAUUAGAAUAACAAUUAUUAUUUGAUGUAAUAAAAUACAUAACAAAAAAUACAAGAUACAUACGAAUAAUAAAACAUAUGAGCUAGAAUAACAGUUAUCCAACUAUGAAUUAAUAGGUUUAUAAGUCAACUAUUAAAAAAUAAUAUUUAUACAAAUGAAAAGUAAUAUACAUUACUCAUUAAACAAAAUCACUCCAUAACUACCAAAGAAUGAAUCAGAGUUAUUUACAUAGUUACAACUCAUUUUAUAUCAAGUUUAUGGAAGAAAAAUAAAAAAACAUUUUCUAUUCAGUAUCUUUUUAUGAAAAUUAUUUGUUGAUGUAUUUAUUAUUCUAACUCAAUAUUAUCAAAUAAUAUUUUAAAAAUAAUUAUUGUACUUUCAAUAAUUAUUAAUUAUUUUCUGACAAUUUGGCAUCAGUUCAAUAUCGAAAAAAAAAUAUUAUUGUGCUGUUAAAUUUAAUUCAAAUCUGAUUUUCACUUAAUUAUCAACAUAAUCUUCCAAAAAAGGAUUUUUCUUUCUCUCUCUUUUAAUCUUGCACUCCAACGAAUCAAUAAAUAUAAAUUAUAGUUUUCUCAAAAUUUAGUACUAUGGAUUGGUCAUUUUUCUCAUUAGUUAAAAUGUCAAUUGAAAUUACUGAACUGUGAGAUUUUUAAGAUGAUAUAUUUUAUGGGAAACAUUAAAAACAGUUUUAAAUAAUUUUUAUACAUAUAAAACAGCUACUCAGGCAAAAACAAUAUUCAAUAUAAGACCAUCAUUGCAUCAAAACCCAAUUCAACAAUCAAUCUUUAAAAAUAUUGGAAAAUUGUUUUUAUUUAAAUUUUGAUUAACUGAAAUACAAAUAGUAAAUAUAUUCUCAAAAACAUAACAUGUAAAAUAAUAAUUAUGCAAGAAAACUAAUUACAAGAAUGAUCAUGCAAAAGCAAAAGUUAUUCAUUGAAAUAAGUUAAGAGCUAAAACAUUUUAAAAAAGGUUAAAAAAAUAAUCAAGAAAGGCUUGUUUCAUGCUUAACACAAGAAUGAAUAUGAUAUCAUGUUCAAUCACAAUAAAACAAGGUAAAUAAGAAGUUUAAAAAGAUAUUGUUGCAAAAUCAUUCCAGGCUCAAUAGCAAAAAAAAAAUCAAAACCAUGCAAUGAAUUUAUUUGCCAAAAAGUAAAACAAAUAAAAAAAGGUUUGCUAAAUGCCGAUUCUAUAUUCAAAUCUACUUCAUUUUAUUUUUCCAAGUGUGAAGUUGAUUUUUCAUGCUUUUGCCUUCCUAUAGUACCUGAGAAAUGUAGAAUAAACAAUGUUUGAAAAAUUAAUUUUCUAUUGAUUCCAUUAAAUUUAGUAUUUCUGUAGAAUAGAAUGGUCAGCUAAGAUAAUAAUUGGAUCCCUGUCAAACAGAUAUUUCAGUUACUAAAGAGUUGAUUAAUAAUAUAUUAACAAUAUAAUUCUUUGGAAUUCAGACAUCCAAUUCCAUAAGAAUAUAAUAAAAGGCAUUGGAAAGAAAAAAAGAUUAAUAUUCAUAAUUGAAAACAAAUAUGCCAUUAAUAAGUAAUUUUAUAAAUGGGAACAUUGUCUUAAAAUACAUUUCCUUAAAGUGUUGUUUAUAUUUUACGUGUAAAAGGGCGAAGGAAAGUGAUAGGGCUAGUGGAUUUUGUGGAGUAUUUGUGAUGUGUGAAACAUUGUCCACACUUCCUUUUAUUUUAAAAUUUAAGUAAUACACUUAUUAUGAACUUUUCAAUUUAUUAGAAUGUCCACAACUAAAUGUUUUACUUCUCAUUAAAAAUAUAUAAAAGGUCAUGCAUUCAUAAAAACGUUUUUUUUUUAAAUAUGACAAAAUAAUUUUUAUGGAUGCAAUAGCAAUAAAUGAGUGAAAUAGUUAAUAAUGGAUACAUCAACUGAUAGGAAUUGUGCAUAAUAAGUGUAUUUCUGAAGAGAAGGAAACAAUUCUGAAAUGUUGAAGAUGUAAAAGAAUAAAGUAAAACAAAAAUAAAAGGAAUUGUUCACAAUUUAUUUAACUAAUUAAUUAAUUAUAUUAAAUUUAGAUCAUUUUAUUUUAAUAUGUUUUUAAAUCCAUCUUAAUGAUUUCCUUUAGUACUUGUACCAUAGGGUUCCAAACUUCUUGUAUCAAAAGUCAUAUUGAUGAAAAUUAUAUUUUAAAGUAAAUAAAACUCUUGCAAGAGUCACUGAUAUCCAGAAAUCGAAGGCUGGUCAUCAACCUGGUUGGAAUUGCUACAAUAUACUACAGUUUCUCAUUUUGGUAUUAAUCUUGCCGAUUCUAGGCCUAAUCUUAUUUACAAAAUAUUUAAAAUCCUAUCUUGAAAUUCUGGAUGAGCUAGCUAUUUAGUACCAAAUCACAAGUUAAUUUUUGGAGGCAAUUUUACUUCUUAUAAAUGAAUGCAUUUAUUAUCCAAACAGACCAAUUUCUCUUUUUUCCUCAGUUUUUUAUAGAGAAUUGCGUCAAGAGGAAUUCUUGUUUACCCAUUUUCAAAUACACCACAGAGGAAAGUGUAUAUGGCCAUUUUGAAUACUUCUUUCUGAAAAUCUAUCGUCUUAUAUAUUGCUCAGCAAUAUUAACAAACAUUCUGACCGACAUAUGGCAGGCACUAUUGCCCUGAAGGAAUUUAUUGUUAUCAGUAAUCUGCAAUUUUUAUUGCCGAUGUAAACAGUGCCUAACAAUUUACAUUACGGGGUUAAUUUUAAAUUUAAGUGAUUGAUACGAGAUAAGUAAUUAAGAAUCCAUGACCAGUAAUUAGUUUCUAAAUGAUCAUUAUUAUGCUGACCAGUCAUAUAUAAUUAAUUAUUCACAACUUCCAUUUCAAUCUUCUAGAUCUGAAGUUUACAUUGAACCUCAAUAUUACAAAACAGCCUCACUGGCAAUUAAUGAAGGCACAGAUUAGGAUGGCCUAUUUUAAUUAAGAGUUCAGGUAUAAUUUAGUAUUUAAAGAUAAAAUUUAAAUCUAUACAUUACUGUUAAAAAUAAAUACAGGACUUAAGGCCCACUUAUUGGUUGAAUAAAAAAUAGGAAUUCAAUUUUUUAAGUGAACAGUUAUUUUCAUCAAAUCCUUUCCAAUUUAAAAAAAAAAAAGUGUUGAAAUGAAAAUUUGCUUUGAGCUUACUAGUUAUUUUAAAUUAUUUAGUACUAAGUCUACAUAAUCAUUCUAUAGGAAGCCAAAUCAAGGAACUAAACAUCACAAUAAAUUUCAACACCUUAUCAUAAAUGCUACCACACAUUUUGAUACAGCUAAGAAAUCAAACUAAAAUAUAGCCAUUUCUAGAAAUAAUUAGGAAUGUGUCAAUAAGAAAAUAAAAUUAGAAAAUAAACAAUAGAAGAAUAGUAAAGAAGGGCAUAUCCAAGCAGGUGAGGAAGACAAUUAUUUGCUCUCACUGUCUGAGUCCGAGCUGCUAUCUUUUCUCCUUACUAUCCUCUCAGUCAAACAAAAUGUUACAGUACCCAAAACAGCAGUUGCAAUUAAUAUUCCAAGUUGAAUAUAAAGUCCUAAAGCAUUACUGUAGAAAAAGGCCGCAGCAGCAGCUAUGCUCUGAAAUACACAUACAUGUUGCACAUUAAUUUAAAUACUAUCAAAUAUUGGUUUGUUAUAUAUACUAGCAAAAUAUCAAACUGAAAAGAUAUUCUAAAAUUAUUGAUUAUAUCAUUCACAGGAUAAACAUUCCAAUUAAUAUAGUUUUAAAAAUUAUUGCAAUGAUUUAAUUAACUCAUUCAGGUUCAAGAUCGUGAUACGAUUAUGUAAAUUCCACGCUAAGGCAAAGAUUUACCGCACCUGUGAUUGCUGCUUCAAAGUUAUGCUGAUCAGUCAUAUAUAAUUGAUUAUUUACAACUUCCAUUUCAAUUUUCUAGAUCUGAAGUUUACAUUGAAUCUCAAUAUUACAAAACAGCCUCACUGACAAUUAAUGAAGCCACAGAUUGGGAUGACCUAUUUUAAUUAAUAUAAGAAGUUUACUUCAAUUCUUCCCCCAACAUCACUUUGGGGAGUGUACGGGACCAGAGGAAUAGGCAGUCCUCCAUUAAUAUGGGAAAAUGGAGAAUUGAGGGGCGCUGGACACCAGCAACUGGUGAGAGACAGCCCAGGAUAGGCUGACCUGGUGGACUCAUUGAGGAGGCUAAGGUCCAACACUAAUUUGUAAUAUAUUACCUGAAAUUCUAGUAUUUUAAAUACUAUUUAUAAUACUAUCAACCCCAUUAAACCUUUAGUUUUUAUUAUUCAACAUAAUAGAUCUUUAUAUUUUUCUGUAUAGUGGUGUUAUUCUUAAGACACGUCAAUCUUCGACCAUUCUCAUAUGAGAUCUUGUACCCACCCAUCAAAGUAAAUUAAGCAAAACUUGUAUAUUAAGGUCUUCUUCUGAAAUAAAGAGGGAUUUGCCCAAAUGUACAUUGUUGAAGAGCCUUUCAAGUUGAAAAGAGGCUAGGAUAAAGUGUGCAUAAUUAUAAAUAGAUGUUAAUUGCUGAAUUAAGUGGAAGGAAUUUUUAAUAUCAUAUGAAUUAUUGGAUGAGUUUUUGUAGAGAGGAAAAGAGGAUUGGUUGAACUGGAGAAUUAACAUUAGAAGGAGGUUUUUUGAAUAUUUG